AUGAAGGGGUCUAAGGAGGCUGCGGCUGCCCCGUGCCCUGCAGGGUUCCCAGAGGCCGAGGAGGACCAGGAGUCUUUGGAUGAGAAUUCAGACUCCGACCUGGAGACCGGAGGUGCCCCUGGGAGCACCAAUGCUCACUCCUGUCUCUUCUCAGGCACCCAAGGCCUUGGAGAACUGGAGGAUGUCAAAGACACCCUCUACCUGAGCUCUUGUAGUGCCCGAGGUGUUGUGCCCAUCUCCUAUUUUUUGCGCCAUAGGAACUCCACAGAGCUGAAUCUGCGACACCGGGGCCUGGGACCUCAGGGGGCCUGGGCUCUGGCUUCUGCCUUGGCUUUCGAUGUCCAUAUCAAGCACCUGGACCUUCGAGACAAUGAGCUCCGUGAGGCUGGUGUCCAGGCGCUGGCCACCUUCCUGAGCAGAAGCAGCACACUCUGUGAUGUGGACUUGUCUGAAAACCAGCUGGGAGCUGCAGGCGCACGGAUCCUCUGCACUGCUCUGGCAGCCAGCCCCAGCAUCUGGAAGGCCCAACUGGCAGGGAACAGGCUAGAGGAGCAGGCUGCCCAGUGCCUCGCUGAACUCCUGCUGGCUCACACCUGCCUGAAAUGCCUGGACCUGAGCUACAACCAGCUAAAUGACCGAACAGGGGAGAUACUUGGACCUGCUCUGGCAGAAAACACAGGACUCACAGAGCUUAACAUAAGCUGGAAUCACCUCCGAGGCCCAGGAGCUGUGACUUUUGCCAAAGGACUGGAGGCCAACAUCUUCCUAAAAAUUCUGGACAUCUCCUACAAUGGAUUUGGGGACUCUGGAGCUGCGGCAGUGGGUGAAGCACUUAAGACUAACAAUGUGUUAGAAGAACUCAACAUGAGCAACAACCGCAUCUCUGUGAAGGGAGCCAUGAGCCUGGGCCUGGGACUCAGGACUAAUCAGACACUGAGGAUCCUCAAAGUUUCCAGGAAUCCCAUCCAAAGUGAAGGCUGCUUUGGCAUUCUCAAGUCUGUACAGAAAAAUCUGAUGUCUGCCCUGGAGCUGCUGGACUUCUCUGAUAUUCAAGUGAGCAGAGAGUUUGAUGACCUCGCUAUCACUGUGAAGGCGAUUCUUCCAGGACUUUGCAUAAAGACAGCUGCUCACAGAGUGUAGUACAGAAGAGAGCUUCGGACAGCUUCUGGCCCAUCCCUGCCAGCACCUGCCUCAGAUUGA